AUUGGGGAGGGUUGUUGGCGGGGCUUUGAACUUUGUUUACUUGACGUGGUUCACCUUCACUCUCUUAUAAUUAUGUUCCUUUUGUGACGUGAUGGCCAAAAUUCUUCCCUAUUCAGAUAGAAGAGGCAUGACUGCUGCCUUGGAUAUUGUAGAAGAUGCACUGGCCUCCUUACAAGAAAAGGUUAGGAAUCAACAAAAGAGGCCACAACUGAUAGAUGCUGAAACAAAUACAAAACCUUUACAGUCACAUGGAAAUACUCAGACAUCAUUUACCAGUUCGCAUCCAGAAUCCAUUCAAAAGAAGCAAAAGGACACGAGUGUAUUAAUUCACCGCAAGCCAACUGGAGCAUCACAGAGAUCCAGAGGUCAUCAUCGGCAGUCAAAAGAAGAAACAAUAAAAAACCCCAAAAUGCAGAAAUCCAUUCCAGAAUCACAGCAACAGCAAAGCCGUCACAAGAGAUCGCAACAACUGUCUAGUAAAAAUUUACUAUCCAGUAAUGAUACACUUGAAACAAGUUCUGGGUAUAUAGAAAGGAACACAUCUCAAAUCCCUCUAAUAGGUUGCAGUGAUUCAAGAAAAGGGGAAGGGCAAGAACAGAUCACUAAAAAUCUACAUCUUGCAUCUUCUAUGGGGGCAAUAAACAGUCAAAGAGGAGGAUGCAUGUCUAAACAUUCCAGCAAUAGUUCUUCCAAGAAAAGGAGUUACAGAAACGGAGAGAAAUCCAGUGCUACCAGUAGUUCCUCAGAUGAAUCACUGCUGAGAAAGAGUUAUAAAUUACAAGGAAAACUUCCUCAUCGGAGUUCUCGACAGUCGCACAAAAUAAUUAAGGAAAAGAAGGUUCCUCCACGUAUUACAACAAUUCAUGUGUCAGAUUCAAGUUACGCACAGCCCACCUUAACAUCACAGCUUCGGGAUGAACUUUUAAGUCAAAAGAAGGAAGAGAAAGAAAACCUUGUGCCUUUCAUUCCUUGUGGAUCAAAGAGCAAGAGCUACCAUGUGGGAGUAAUAGUACAACAACAGUUGGGUCGCUUAAAUAAUAUGCCAGCUAAGGAACUUGAGCACCUCACAGACCCCCUCUCUUCUAAACAAGAGUCAGAUGCCAAUGAAACUAGGAGUGACUGCGGAAGUGUAACAGAACAGACUAUAAAGAACGCCAUGGCCAAUAUCGAGCAACACAUAGCCAUGGCUAUGAAUCACCUUUAAGAACUAGAAAGCAUUAACCUUAACAAAUAACUUUCCAUUCUACUGUGAUAUACAUAAUUUUGUGAUAUAUGAUGGGAACUGGUUUGACUCCAUUUGAGCUUAAAGUAAAAUAUUUUAAAAUAAAAUCUUGACAUAUCUUCAUACUUGUUUGUUAUACAAUUGUGUAACUGUCCAACUACGGUACUCAAAUACUUUUAAUCUAUUCUAGUUACAGUUGCCUCCAUUUAUAAUGGGUACAGUGGCUGGCAUGUUUUGUGAGUUGUGGCACCACUUUGUUUAUAUCAUUGUAAACCUAGCAGAAUAGACAACUAUUUGCUAUAGUAACCAGACCAAGCAUGCUACAUAAGCAGUCCUUCCUCUAUCUGUGAAUGCAUGCAUUUCCUGCAUGGUUAUAGUUUUAAUAUAGAUUAAUUAUCAAGUAAAACGUCAUUGGCUGCUAUAUUUUGUCUAGUGGGCGGUGGUGCCACAUCUCACAAAACACGCUAGCCACUGUGCCCAUUAUAAUAGGAGGCAACUAUGCCUGUAUUUUAAUCAUAUGUAUUGGAUACUAUUUUUGCUUUGGAAUAUUUGAAUAUGCAACAUCGUGUUUUUUUGCAUAUUAUGAUUAUUUUCAUUGUACUUAAUGCUAAAUUUGCUAUACUAAUGCAGUAAAUUGGGUUAUUCUGUAUACAGAAUACACAUAAACAUACUGUAUGUCUAUGGGUGAAGUAAAGGGUUUAUCCUUCA